GCGAACCAAUUGCUAGUGGCGAAGAUCAACUCCGGAUGGGGGCUGGGUAGGUGCUGCUGGGACGCCCCUGCAACGUCGUGAUACCUUCGCUUUGCUCGCUCUCGUACCGCUUUUUCAGCUUGCGGCUGUGAUGGCGGGUUUUAAUCUGCCCGCGAUGCCCUCCCUUUUUCUUUUCUCUUCUUCAUUGUGUUCCUGAAGUUGUUUCUUCGGCGUCACUUUCUCUUUCUUCCUGUCGCUCGUUCUGACUUUGUAUUUGAACUGUUGUUGUUAUUGUGUAAUAUCCGGCCAAGAUCGACGUGGUACUACUGCUCAGCAUGUCGUACUCCAGCGCUCUUAUUAGUGCUCUUGCUGUUCUCCCGUUGGCGAGGGGAAUCGCAUUUGGCGGACCAGCUCCUACGGCUACCAGUCCUGAUCGAGCGCUCGUUGGAUUGUCGCCGAAACCUACGAAAGGACCAUCGGUAGCUGAGUUGCGCAGACGGCAAUCGAGUCUCUUCCCAGAGACGUGCGGAUGGAUUGAUGGCGACUACUAUUCGGGCUUGACAUGCAGCUACGGGCGGACAUGUAUGCUCUAUACAGCCAGUGGGGUCGGCAUGGCCGGCUGCUGCGACGGCUCGGAUACCCAAGACUGCGGCUGGGUCAAUAGCUGCGUCGACUACGAUGCGUAUACGGCUGGCGGCUGCGACUCCGACUGCGAGCUCAACACCUUCGUGCGGAAGUGCUCCAACAGCCUGUAUCCUUACUGCCAUACCUGGACGUACCCGGGAGACAACGUACUGGAUUACGGAUGCACCGACCUCGACUAUCCCGUCGAAACCGUCCUGCAAACCGCGUCUGACACCCUCUCCGACACGACCUCGAUAUCUCUGCCCACUGUCGACGGCGACGCUGUUACCGGCUGGGACGGCUCGUCCGCAACCGGCGGCUCCGUAUUCACCACGACAGACAGCGACGGCUCCUCGUUCGAAACGUCGUUCCCGUCGUCCGGCGGCAGCUCCUCGAGCGGCGGGAGGAAGAAGAAGGUCAGCGUAGCCGUUAUUGCCGGCGCCGUAGUCGGCGCCCUGAUCCUGCUCUUCGUCAUCGGCGCCGUCAUCAUCUUCCUCUGCGUCAAGAAGAAGAAGGCCAAGCAGCUCGCCGCAAACCAACAAGCCGUAGCCGCAGCCCAGGCCUCGCGUCCUCAAUCCCAAUAUCCCCCGCAGCAGCCGCAGAUGAUGCAGCAGCAAAUGGCUCCGCCCAUGCCCCCGCAGACACCGCAGCCCCAGUACAACGCAGGCGGCUACUUCGCGCCACAAGGCCAGCAGGACCAAAAGCCCCAGGUCCACGAAUACGGCCUCCAAUCCCCUAUCUCGAAUCCUCCGACUCCAGCUCCCGCGUACGUGCAGCCGUACUACGCAGCACCGAACGCACCGCCGAUGCCGUCGCAGUCACCAGCGCCGUACCAGGCACGGGAGCCGACGCCCGGUGCGCACGAGGUGGACGCCAUAAGCGCGGUUCGUCCGCCGCCGGGGCAGGGCCAGAACGGCCCGGUGUACGAGAUCGGCCAUGGCAGGAGCUAGAUGGUAACGAGGCGACUACAGUUCGAAAGUCUUCAUCGUUCGUUUUUUUGCGAUUCCCCCGUUUUUCUUCGAACAUCUCUUUACUU